AUGGAGAAUCACAAUCUUUUUCCACAAGUUUCUUCUUAUUUUCAUCAAAGACUAGAAGGCUCACAAACAUUUUCCGAUUCCAACCUUUCAAACACUCAAUAUAACCCCGCCACUCAUGGAGCAAGCGAUGGCAGCAAUUGUUCAAUAUUAUCUUUCUUGACACCAGAUUUUGGUGGCUUCAUAGAAGCCACCAUACCAUCUUCAAGUUUAUUCACCAACACCUCGAGGUUUAUCCAAAACCUCGAGGUUGUAGCCAAUCUGCAACCAACAGAUUGGCUAAAGAUCAGCCAGAAGUCAACUAACGAUCAUUAUUGGUUGAAUACCAGAGCUCAACCAAUGAAAUACACCAAAAGACAUAUUCUAAAUACGGCAUUCGAAAGUACUCCAAUAUGCUCACCAAGGAAGCUAUUUAGAGGCGUAAGGCAAAGGCAAUGGGGAAAAUGGGUAGCCGAAAUCCGGUUACCAAGAAACCGGACACGUGUAUGGCUUGGAACAUUUGAAAAAGCCGAAGAUGCUGCAUUUGCAUAUGAUACAGCCGCAUAUAUUCUAAGAGGCGAUUGCGCGUUUUUAAACUUCCCAAAUCUAAAAAAACAGCUAAAAGCUAACUCAAUAAACGGCGACACUGCAACUUUGCUCAAAGCAAAGUUGCAAGCCAUGUCAAGAGAGAUGGUGGACACCAAGGGUAAUGAUGACUUAGCCCCGCCAUUGCCGGAGGCAGGCUUACCGGCAUCCGUGGUGGUUGUAGGUGGGCCGGAGGUUAAAGUGGUGGUGCCGCCAGAUGCCGGAGAAGGGAUUCAGCUUAGUAGAAUGCCGUCUUUAGACAUGGAUUCAAUUUGGGAUGCUCUUCUUGUUUCUGAUUUGUGA